CAGGGUACAUUGACAGUUACUGAACUGAGCUGAGGCGAGGCCCGUUUUCGCCAUUCUGCUGCUCGGUAUGACUACAUCCUCGACUGGACUUCAACAUCUGGACCUCUGCAUCUGAAGUCCCAAAAAACGCUUUUGGUCCGGGAGAGAGUGGAGCGAUGCUCGGCAUCACCGAAAUGACUAAUGGGUAAGUCAGAAGUUUAAAAGCGGAUUCCUGAAAGAGACUUUAGCCUUGUUUGUGUGGAAGUUGUCAUUUUCUUGCUGAGAAAAGAGCACAAUGGGUUUAUUCCACUCUCUCAUGGGAAAGGGACUGCACUGAAGUUUCAACCGAGUGAAAAUCCAGUUACAUUUAUUUCAUCUUUCACAGGCAAAAAUCUGCCUUUAGGCUUUUAAACAAAGAGAGUUUUUAGUUGACUACCAGCACAAUUUCUAUGGAUUUAAUUUACUGGCCGUUGUAGGCUACAACUCCAAUCUCAGUUCGCACACUGCUCGCUUGCGCCCUCUACUGGUUGUUGGUUUUUAGCUGGAUAACAACUAUCCAAGUGUCGAGAGAGAGUGGUGGUCCUGUGUGUGUCAGCUCCACUCAAAGAUAUAUUCAUCACUGAUCGAUCCUGUGGUCUGCACAUGGUUUAUUUAAGUUCAUGUUUGUUCGAGUGUGUUUUAACAUCAGGCAAAUCAUUGUUUGAAUGAAUUUCAAGGCUCAACUGUGAUAUUCUUUUUUCUCUUCAGCUUUUCUGUUGAAAUAAAACACUGUUUGCCAUAAGGGAAUCCUUAGUAAUUUUUUUAAAGCACAGAUUUACAGUCUCCAUUAUGUUGAAUAUUAAUCAUAGCAUGUCUGCAUUACGUUUGCAUGCACUUAAAGUGUAUAUUGGUAAUUGAUUUUGUGCAGGUAAACUACUGGGUUGGUUACAUUUCAGAGCCAAGAUCAUCAGUAAUAAUAACACACUUUGUCAGACUCUUGAUGUUCUGUCUUUAAAUAUCUUUGACUGUUGAUGUUGUUUUUCUCUGAUCCCUUUUAUACUCACUCAUUUUUGAUAAUAUGAUUUUUACAAAUAUAUAUAUAUAUAAAAAAAAACAUUCAAGUGAGGCAGAGUACUUUAAGCUGCAUAAUUGAGCAAAAAAAAAGCAAAAAAAAAAGCAGUGCUCAAAUAAGAGAAACGUGAUAAAGAAAUGUAAAAGAAGGAAUGAGGAUGUUACAGCAUUUUUGCAGCUCAACCUCCUCCCUGCACAGGAAUGUCCACACAAAGUCACUGGACAGUAGUUAUUGCUUUCUAAACCACUUCCUGACCAUCAUUUCCCUGGGGACCGCCUUCUGAGCUGUUUUUUUUUUUUUCCACCAGUGUGAAUGCUACUGUGUGCACAGCCCAGUAAGUCAUGGCCUGGGAUGAAUCUGGCUUUUAUAAAGCGCUCUGGAUGCUAAAAGCUGUAAGAGGGCAAGUCUUUUAAAGGCCAGAGGAUCGCUGCAUUCCCAAAGUAUUACUUUAAAUCUGAUUUGACUCUGUGUUGAUACAACUGGAGCUCAGAGGAGUGACUCAGGCACCAGUGUGAACUUGUCCUUGUUUGGAAGAGUGCUGAGCUUGUGUUACGUGGGAUUUGAGCUGUAUGUGUACUAACUCCAUGCAAACUGUUUUUUCAACCUGGUGCAGCAGGGGUGUCUCAUUGUUCACAUAGUUUGGCUCUUAAAGCAGGACUUGGAACCUCCUGGUAUUUCAUUUGCAGCUCAGUGAAAGCCUGCUGUUCUUCACAUUCAAAUGCACUUGUUGCGAGGAUACCUAAAAAAGCAUAUACUGCGUGUAAAGUUAGGGAAGAAUCAACAGGCGGUGCCUCGGUUGCUUAAGCAGCUCCUGUGUGUGUGUGUGUGUGUGUGUGUGUGUGUGUAACGAGAGCAUAAAUGGACAUUGAAGGACUAAAUGUGUAAUUCAAUGAGUUUUCCGUUAAAGCUUUACCUUCUAUUUUGUGGCUUUGGUAUCCUUCUCUCUUGAAGCCGGAGAUAUAAAUAUAACACUGCAAGUCAAACUGUCAUUCAGCCUGGUCAUCAAAAGGCUCCCUGCACCUCCUCACACCACCAUAGUACUUCCUCAUUAACUACUCACACCCCACCUCCAUCUCCAUCCUGGUAUUGUGGGAGCUAAAGGUCUAAACCAAACUCAUUUAAUUUCUGUAUGGUGUUUUGACAUCCUCUCAGCUCUCACACACAGUGUCACAGAUGCACUUGUGGACACACAUACACAGUAAAUAGGAAGUGGUGUGGCUAUGCAGAUUGAGAUAAAAGCUGGGGUGUUUGCAGUAACAGCAAAAGGACUUUAGCAACAACAGACAUUUCCUUACUGCAGUUUGAGAGCAGAAAUUGGUAAGAUGAACAAAUAUCAGCUUUGAAAAUGAUUGUUAGCCUGUUAGCAUCAAUAGCAAGGCUCCCUUACUUCCUGUUCGGAGCCGAAACAGUUAUCUUCUUGAUUUGAGCUGUGCAUGAAUUCAUGCUGAAGCAUAACUUUUGUGUUAACUGAGGCAGUGGACUUUCUGCCAUCGUUAUUGUAUUGCUUGACAUUUUUGGCUCUUGAGCUCAGUGUUUAAAUGUGUGUGUAUUCCAUUUUCACUUCCUAUUUCUCUGAAAAGAUUUCAGUUUACAUUUUAGGUCACAAACUCACCGUAAAAAGAAUUAAAGCAUGAAAUCAGAGACACGAGCACCACAUUUUUGAGAGGAUGAUAGCAAUGAAAAAUGGUGGCAGUACAACUGGAACACUCCAAAAAGCUUUAAUCAGCUUGUUGUCUGAAUUUUAAAGGUGCAGAUAUGUCACUUUUGAUUUAACAUGUUUUACAAAUUCCAACUUCACUGUGUGUCACACCAUUUGAUCAUAACUCUGUCUGUAAUUUUUAGCAGUGACUGGACAAGCCAUUAUUUAAAUAGCUGUCUUACCAGAGUUGUCCACAUGGUGGUAGUGAAAUCAUGUGGUUAACAUGCUUUUAUGGAGUGUCAGGGGACGCCAGUGCAGUGUAGCCACACAGGAGUGUGUGUGACUUACUGUGUGCACUUACAGCCAGACAUUUUUCAGAUGAUUAUAUUUGGGCUUUUUUGCUUUUAAUGGACAGGACAGCUCAAUGCGGGGAGUGAAGAGUAUAGGAGAGUAGUGGCCAGAGGUGGAACCAGCAGCCACCACCGAUCUGCAGCCUCUGUACACGGGGGAAAGGCUGUAACUGCUGAGACAGCUGUGUAACCAGACAGCUACCUUUUAUAGUCUCUUACACAUUUUACACAUUGUGUGUGUGUGUGUGUGUGUGUGUGUGUGUGUGUGUGUGUGUGUGUGUGUGUGUACAGUGUGUAAUCAAGAGCAAAGCACAUAGUUGUAUUGUCACUUUUACUCUCUCAUUGAGAUCUGACCUAGAUGCCUUUGCUUUUUCCUCCUUUUGGGGCAAAGUGAAAUUCUGAAUAAAAUGAUCAUUAAGUUUCAAACCAUGAUUCAUCAUGAGUAAUACCAUGGUGGCAGACUCAGACAGGCCAUCUUUCCUGCUGCUGCUGCUGCAGGAUGUGGAGCUGAUUUUGAAGUUCAUCUCUCCUGUGUGUGCUCUGACUCUGUGAGGGUGUGUGUUACAAACCUAUGUGGAAUGCUGAACAGGUUAAGGCAAGCUGAUGACGCUGAAUCUGCUCAGUGUGAACUGCUCACAAGGCAUGUAACCAUCUGUGCACAAUGGGAGACAUGGUUUCCAUCAGCCUGAAGUGCACCCACUCUGCUCCAACUCUCUGAUACAGUGAUGUCAACAAGAAUAAACUUGGUUGACCCAAAACAGCCAUUACAGGGACAGAGAGAUCAUCAAUCCGUUUGUGUGUCUGCCUCUGCAGUGCUGUAGUUUGAGUUGUGUUCACAUCAGUUUCUUCUUCUGCAGUCUGUUUACUCAACAUGUUUGCUGAGCUGACCGAUCUUUCCCCUGCCUCUCUGACAUCACAGCUCCUGGUUUGUAAUUAGACCCGUCCAGGUCACAUUCAGCUCCAUCUGAAAACGUGCCUCUGCUGUGGUCUGUGUCUGUUUGGGAGGAUCUCUUGUUCCCACAUAAUGUCGUGAUGAAUUAUUCAUAGAAUGACAUUUCUCUCCUUUUUCAAUCGUUUGUCGUUCCUGCUGGAAACUCUCUCACAGUUUACAAAAGACAAGCUGAACUCAAACUGAAUAUCAGUGGAUGCCUUGAAGACUUGAGGGAAAAACUCCAAACUUCAUGGUUCAAGGUGGAAAGAUUGUCUCAUCACAUGUAUUAUUUGGUAUUAUGUCGUGGUAAAUGAAGGUGCAGAUACGGAUAUUCAUCCAGUAUCAGACUGACCUCAAACAGCUGGACCUAAGUGAUUUGAACACCUGGAUUGUGUCAGCACCAACAACCUGCCAACCUGAGGAAAUCUCUCCUUUCUUUAGUCCUGAUGUUUGAACUCACUUUUCUUUCUUUUCAAACAGAGGACUGACCCAAAGAGCUGUAGGAGGGGAAAAGAGGUGACGGCCAGGGAGGGGAAGGACUCCCACCCUCUUUUUUUUUUUCUUCCUUUUACCUGCUACAGGAGUGGAAGGUGGAGCAAGAAUUGGCUGAUAGGUAUGCAGGCUGUGAAACCACACCUCUGUACAAGUGUUAGUCCUGGAGGUGUGUUUGAGAGAAGUGCUAAUAGCGGCUCAAGACUUUCAUGAGGCUAGAGAAUGAACACAGACACUUUGGAAACUCAAAUUUGUAUGUGUGUGGACUGUGUUCGCAACAAAGAGAGGGUUGAAGAGAAGUAAGGGAGUGAGUGAGUGAGGGAGAGAGAGAGAGAGAGAGGCCAAGUAGAGAUGAACUCCUUGAGGCUGAAAGAGUUGUCCAACUCAGAGUUGUACAGGCGGAGACAAGAGAGACCAGACAGCUAUGGAAGUGUGGCAGGGGACAACCUCAGGUGAGUGGACCUUCAUGAAGCUGUUUGAAUACUCUAUCAUUGAGGAAGUGUAGGAGGGACUUCUGUUGGGCUUUUACUCACAUUAUAUCCCAGAUCAUACCACCAACAGACUUCAGGGGAUAUUUCAGUCAAAUUCAACUCUUCUCUCUGGUAAAGUUUGGUAGAAAUGUAGCAAAGGAAAAUAUCUGAUCAAACCAAAUCAGUCUAAACAUCAGCAAAGUGAAACUCAUGGUGCAACAAGGAAUCACAUACAAAUGAAGCUAGCAAAGAUGCCCAGGAGUCUGAAAAUAUCAGUGUGAUAGACUUCCAGAGUUUCUCCUGUAAACAGAUCAACCCUUCACAAGCCUUAUGUCCUGAUUUUUCCUCAUGACAGGAUUCUGUCAUACUUUUCUGAAGCCUGCUUUUUCCUGAGUUACAAUAGCUAGCUCUUUCAGGCUGAUUUUGUUUUUAUUGGCAUAUUAUUAGCUUUGAGCUAAUUUCUUCGGUCUUAAAUCAUGCAGUAACUCAGAGCAGAGUCUUAGUGCUGUUUCAAACUUGCAUUGUUGCCAAGGACCCUUUAAAGAAAAGUGGUUUGGUGUUUGUCUUGUAUUAAGGAGAAUGGAUAAGGUGAGAUGUAGAGCAGUGUUUGAUCAGUAAACACUGCAGCCCAUAGAGGAAUUCCUCUGAGACGUGAGACUGAGAGUGAUAGACAACAUGUGCAGAUUUGAGGCAGAGCUGCUUUCAUAAAUAAGAGCAUCAGUUUAGCAUGAAAACCCUCUCUCCAUCUACUCCUGUGUGUGUGUGUGUGUGUGUGUGUGUGUGUGUGUGUGUGUGUGUGUGUGUGUGUGUGUGUGUGUGUUUCUGAAGUGAUUAGAGGAAUGUAAUGUGAAGAAUGCAGACUAAGAGAGGGAGCUCUCUUUGGAGAUGAACCAAGUCAAACACUUGAAGCCUCCCUGUGUAUCAUGCAACACAGUUUAGUAUCAGAUGGGCUCUUUAACAUUGUUUUCACACCUCACAGUCUCUACAGUUUUAAAUCAAUCAAUAGAAUAAAACUACAUGACAGGGGAGCAUAUCUGGUUGUGCACAGAACAAAGGGGGUGAGUGGACACUUAUUGAUGUGGUGUCUCUCCACCUGUGCUGUCGACUGAUUUGUCCUCCAGCAUGUGACUAUCCAAACAUCUAGCCUGACUGACCAUCAUUAGCAUCCAAAACUAAGGCUGCACGAUAUUGGAAAAAAAUAAUAUUGCGAUUUUUUCAACCCUGCGAUAUAUAUUGCGAUAUUAAAAAUACAGUCAUUCUUCAAACAUACUCCUCUGCUCGGGAUGGUCUCCUCUUGAAAAUAAAGCACUGUCUGUAACAGAGAUGUGCUUGCGUGUGUCUGUCUGAACACACUAUGUCUGCUCGUGUUGGGUGACUGAAAAGUUCAUGGUUACCCAGAUGAACACAGAAGACGUGUUUUGGUCGACAUCAUCCUUCUUUUAACCGAAAUAAUUCCAGAUAACUGACUUUCCUUUUCUUUUGGGCAACAAAUCUUCAUUUUCGGUGGUUUUCUCUUGUUCGUUGUUCAGUUUGCGAUCGUUGUUGUUGUUGUUAGCGGUGUUGUACCGAGAAACGCAUGUCCUCCGAGAAUUGCAUGCACCUCGCAAAACGCGCACUGCUUAUAGUAGAGUGGUCCACGUAAAUAUACAUUUUAAAACCCAUACAGUUCUUAUUUGUUGGGCUUAAUAGUCAUGAGUAAAGUUCCGAAAGUAAUUCUCAGCGGACACGCGUCUCCCUCCAUGUGCAGAACAUGUGCAGGGGUGGGUUUUCUCCUCCCUGAUUUUGAUUGACAGCUGGCAGGGUAGUCUGAUUGGCAACUGAGAAGUGAGUCUGAUUGGCAACUGAGUUAAGGACGAAGGCGAUUGGUGGAUCGCUGCACAGCACAUGCAGAGUCACAUGGAGUGUAUCUCAGUCGGUUACCCUUGAAAUUAAAUGAGUUCAUUCACCUCCAAUAUCGCAGGCUCUGCGAUGUGACUAUCGCACACACGUACAUCGCGAUGACGAUAGUCAAACGAUAUAUCGUUCAGGCCUAUCCAAAACCUAAAAGAAAGUCUGUGAAACAGACAGAGAGCAAUGACAACAGCCCCUUGAAUUUCUGUCCUUUGAAUCUUGAACCAAUAAAGCAGUCAUUCUUCAAACAUACUCCUCUGCUCGGGAUGGUCUCCUCUUGAAAAUAAAGCACUGUCUGUAACAGAGAUGUGCUUGCUUGCGUGUGUCUGUCUGAACACACUAUGUCUGCUCGUGUUGGGUGACUGAAAAGUUCGUGGUUACCCAGGACACACAGCCACAAACACACUUCCUAUCCAAGAAUUACAUGGUGCCUUGUUGGACGGCUGUGGCUCAGUGGUAGAGUGGGUCGCCUCUAAAUCAAAAGGUGAGAAAUCUCUUCCCAGAUCCUGUAGUCCACAUGCCUAAGUGGCCUUUUAUAAGACAUUGAACCCCAAACUGCUCCCAAUGGCAUAGCCAGAAGUGUGUGAAUGUGUGUAAACAGGGGUCACUUAAUACUGCAUUGCACUUUUGAAUAGCAUUCUUUGCCAUCAGUGUAAUGUGUGAUGAAUAUGACGUAAGGUAAAAGCUCCUGAGUGGUUAGGAGACUGACAAAUAACCUCUCAAAGUCCAGUCAAGUCACUCAGUCACUACAGAAAAUUCAAAUGCAGGAGUAGACUCAGAGUGAUGGGGUGUCAAAUUUUGGAUGAACACUUCAAUGUACUAUAAGUCCUAAAUGCUGAUUUUGAUUGUGUUGUUUGCCUGAAGGCAAAAGGUGUUAACAUCAAUUGAAUGUGACUACCGUGCUGUAAAUAAUGUAUAAAUAAGCUGUUUGAAUCCAUGAUAAUUGUUGUUAACAUUAGGGUUGGGUAUCAUUUGAUUUUGAAUGAUUCUGGUUCCGAUUCCGAUUCCUCAUUUCAAUUCUGGUUCCUAACAAUUCUCUAUUCCGAUUCUUUUAAAAGGCAGGAUAUUUUUUUUUAAAAAGCAUGGUUUAAGUUAGGGUGCUAACCGGAGUUCUUCUUUUUGGAUGAAAUUUCUGACUUUCUCCAUGAAUUUUUAAAUCAUAUUAACUUUUUAAGAACUUUACCAUGAAUUUCUCACAGAUUUGACUUGAUGCCCAACCCUAGUUAACAUCUAUCAUAAUUAUUUAAUAUUCACAUUUUACUUUUCCAGAUAUUCAUUUAAUAACCCAGUUUGUUACUCAGUCCCAAACUCAGACAGUUUUGCCAUUGAAGAGCAGUUUUAAUAUCUGUUACUCCCUGCAGAGUGAGGGAAAAUAAGAAAUAGUAAAAAGGGAUAUUAAAGCUAUUGAACUAUGAGAAGGUGUCUUUGAAGAUUCUCACUCUGCCCCUGCAAACAUGACCUUUAAAAGGUGAGCUAUGAAUAAAAGAAAGGUUUUCCUCUUAGUUUGGAAUUUUUCUUGGAUCACAGAUGAUCUCUGUCUCUCUUCUCUCUCUGUGGCUUCAUCUCAUACGCUUCGUCCUAGUUGGUGUUCGGUGGCUUUUCUUCAUUGGUGUUUAGCGGCGUCUUCCUCGCUGGUAUUUCUUCCGGUCGGCUGACUCUGGCAUCAAAACUUGGAAUCGAAAUUUUAAAAUUUGAACGAUCUCGUGAGAAUCGGAAUGUUAGUCCCGGUCCCCAUCGAUGCUCUGACUUGAUGCCCAACCCUAGUUAACAUCUAUCAUAAUUAUUUAAUAUUCACAUUUUACUUUUCCAGAUAUUCAUUUAAUAACCCAGUUUGUUACUCAGUCCCAAACUCAGACAGUUUUGCCAUUGAAGAGCAGUUUUAAUAUCUGUUACUCCCUGCAGAGUGAGGGAAAAUAAGAAAUAGUAAAAAGGGAUAUUAAAGCUAUUGAACUAUGAGAAGGUGUCUUUGAAGAUUCUCACUCUGCCCCUGCAAACAUGACCUUUAAAAGGUGAGCUAUGAAUAAAAGAAAGGUUUUCCUCUUAGUUUGGAAUUUUUCUUGGAUCACAGAUGAUCUCCUUUACACUAUUGUGUAAACUUUGUUGGGUCCUGUUUUCUUUGCCUGUGUGCUCUGGACUGUCUGUAGAGUUGAGUAGAAAAGGACCUGUGACUCUGCAGCUCCAAUGGGCAUCAGGAACACAAAGAGCACAACAAGGAAAUGUAAGUCAUAAAUCCUGUUUGCACACUCAUUGAGUGAGUGUGUUACUCACACUCGUCCGGUGCGUGCGUGCGUGAUCAAGAAAUAAUUUUGGCCAACUGUCACAGUUGCCAUGGUUGUUGUUGACACAGUGUCUGAGUAGGGGUGUUGGUGUAAGUGGGUGGGGUGUGUUUGAUUUGCUCCAUCAGCCAGAACCUGCUGGUUUUAGUAUGAACCUUUUGUGUGGUUGUUAUCAAAGCUUGAUCUAAUGUUUGUGCCACAACAAUGGAGACUCUUUUUGCCAUACUCGCUCAGUUUGGCAUUGUUUCUCAAAGACAGUUAUAAAUCCCAGUGCUGACCAGAUGUGAUAUUUAAUUGUAGAAAAUGAGCCACCCAUAUAUUAAAGAAAGAAGAUAUAAACUGGACAAGGAUCAUGCUUGUUUUAUUCCUGACAUGGACACUUCAGCCCACAGUUUGUGUUGUAAAUGAGUGUAGCUGAUGACUCACACAAAGAACUCUCUAGAGGACCUUUCUGAAGCUUCGCUAGCAACAGGGGCCACACUUGAACUGUACACAUUUUCUGCAGUGUCACCAAGAGUGACCUGAACUGUGACCUCUGUUUUGACAUUUGAUGACCCUGUGAGGAAGUCUGUAAAUCCUAUCCUGUGGAGGGAAUACGCCAGAGACAGACACACUGUCUGCUGCUGACAGUUGCUGUAGCCAUUUUUAAGCUCUGGUUUAACACCCCCCCCCCCCCCAAAUGUGAUUUGCUCUGUGAUUUUUUUUUUUUUUUGUUUGAAUUGAAUUCAGUCUAGAUGAAGUUAAAGCAAUGGCCAUCCUUUAUGAAUGUAGACACCACGGAGCAGUUCUUAAGCUCUCUUUCAGGGUGCAGCACCCUGACUGCAGUCAGGAGGAAAGACGUGUUUCCUGUUAAGCACCCACCCUGUCUCCAUUGUACCCCAGUCACUCAACACCGGGACUUACAUUCCCAGCACAGCCUCAGCAGGUGACUUUUCUGCAGUUAUUAUUCUGUUUUUAAAAGACCCCUAAAGUCUAAAAUAGUGCAUUGUCAUUCAUCUCAAAAAGCAGGCCUUCCCUUGAUAGUCUGAUAAAUGUCAAAGCCACAUGGGUAUCUAUUGCUGGUCAGGAGUAUGGAGUCAUUGAGAAGACAAGGAGACUUUGACAUGUUUGGGCUGAACACACUCACAGAUUGGCCCCUGCUGUGUUUACCAAGUAACUCUCUCUCUCUCUGUCUCUCUCUCUCUCUCUCCCUCUCUCUCUCUCUCUCUCUCUCUCUCUCUCUCUCUCAUACAGACACAAACCAGCAGCUGCCAGCACCUAGUUUAGAGCUGAGGUUCCAAUGGGUAUCUAUUUGUAGGAGUAUGGAGUCAUUGAGAAGAUGGUUUGACAUGUUUGGGCUGAACACACUCACAGAUUCAAGCGGACAGAGAAUAUUUGAGUCUUUGGGGUGUUUUUAUCGACUGCACAUUCUUUAGUUUAGCAGGAUGAGCUCUGAGCCCUGCUGCUGCUCUCAGAGGACAUGGACAUGUUCGAUCUCCUGGGGUGUAUUCGUACAACUGAGUUUAAGUUGGGUUAUUCAUUUGAGAUGCCAGUUGAGUUUAGCCACAUAAAGAGCAUCAGUUACCCAAGACACACACAUUGAAGGGUUUGAGGGGAUGCUUAGCUUUGGGCCAGUGUUGAAUUUUUAAGGAGCGUUAUCGUACUUUGUAAUUGCAGCAUUUGACAAGUUCAGACAGAGGUUUCAGACAGGAGGUUUCGGCUGUUGUCCAGGCAGAUUUAGAAAAGAUAUAUAUUUUCAUUAUAUGCUAGGUUUAAUCCUGUCAGGGAAGAUCUGAGCAGUCUUUUAACUGUCAUAUGACAGGAUUUACCAGGAGGAGGGUUGGAGUGGAUUUUGAAAUGCUAAAACCAACCAAGAGGAGCAAGCAUGCAGUUGAAAUCAGUCGUGCACAUAUUCUGCACUGAACCAGCUCAAAGUCGAAAUCCAACCAUCAAACUGCAUUGUGUGUGCCUUACAUCAGAAGGGGCACUCUUCUUACCAAAACACUGAAGGUUCAGUGUCUGUCUGGUUCCUGUGUGUUUGUCCAAGCGUAGUGCUCUAGAGCAUUUUUCAAUCCUCAGAGUAAAAAAAAAGAAAAACAUGAUCAUCCACUCUGUUCCAACCAUGUCCAUGUCUCACCACUUAGGCUUCUUUGUUUUCCGGUGCUACAUUCCAACUAUGUGCAAUACUGAGUUGGAGCCGCGUUGUUAUAUCUACCAGAGGGCUGAGAGCUCCAGCUGUUCAACACACUUUACAGAGAUUGAUAGCGGGGCAGAGAUUGGUCAUUGACUGUGGCUAUUAGGAAUGCAAACCAUUUAUUAAGUGUGUGUGUGUGUGUGUGUGUGUGUGUGUGUGUGUGUGUGUGUGUGUGCGUGCGUGCGUGUGUGUGUGAAAGUAAUGGCACACUGACCUCUGGGUGGACAGGCGUCAGGGUGGGCUUGUUUAAGUCAGUAACCUGCCCCAAGAAUAGACAGCGAGGGUGACAGGAGGGGUGUAAUGUGGUGUGUGUCUGUGUGUGUGGUGGAGUAGAGAGAGGCAGAGUAAGGCUCGAUGUGUGUGUGUGUGUGUGUGUGUGUGUGUGUGUGUGUGUGUGUGGGAGAGUGGGAGAGUACUCCCAGUUCAGUCUGAACAGUGUUUCAGUCUCCGUCCUGCUCUGUGGAUCUCAGCUCCCACUGCUCUCUGGAUUGCCGUUCACAACACUGUCAACUUGAACAGAAUAACCGAGGAGGAUUUUCAUUUCAACAGCAGUGAGGGACUUGGUUUCCAGCUGGAGGUGGACUUGUGCAGUUAGUCAGGACAGUUGCAGAUGAGAAUGGAGAUAAAUGGCCGUUCAUUACCUCCGUCAAUACCUGAAGAUGGAGAAGCCCCAGACCUUGUAACUCAUGGUGAAGUAAACGGUUACCACCAGAGGCUUCAGGAUGGGGACAGGGGAGAGGCGGAGGUCCCGGUGUCCAAGUCGCAGAGACGAAAGAGCGAUGUUAAAGUCUAUAAGGAGUUUUGUGAUUUUUAUGCCCGCUUGUAAGUACACUGUUGUAAAAAAAAAACUGUUGUUGUUGUCGCCCAGCUCAGGCUGACCCAGCUGAUGAUGUGAAGGAAAAAGUGUUGGAGUUGGUUGCUUAAAGCAUACUCAGUGAUGAUCUCCUUUCAAUAGUUUUAGUAAUGAAAAAGUUUACCAAAGAACCCAUCUGUGUGGUGUGGGUUGACAGCAGCCAAAACAUAUGAAGUUCAUAUAGUCCUGAUAUAAAUGUUUCACUGUGUUUUGGUGAUUAUUUUCCAUAACUUACCCAUAAUUAUCAAAGCUGUUGGCUAGGGUGAGAACUGUGGUUUUAUUUUGUCUUAGUAAUACCAUGUCUAUGAAUGGUUGGUGAUUUCUAGUAACUGUUAGAAUAACCGUGCAGGCAGGACAGUUUGAGGUAUUGGACCUAUGUAUUGUAUAGGAAUUCAGUCUGCGCAUACCGUGGCAUGGUAUUAGUGAGCCUGCUCUGAGCUUACUGUAGUGUUACAGAAUGUGAAGAAUUUUGGUAGUCGGCUUUACCAGCCAGUUUGAUGGACUUGAGCUGCCUUCUGUGCCAUGUUUGUGCAGGGACAGCUCAGAGUCAGGAGCAACAGGAGGGGUGCACAGGAAAGGCUAUCUUUGUGCCAAGGGGGGAGUUGUUAUGCAAAGUAGAAUAUGCCAACUGGCAUUUCAAGAAUGUGUGCAUGAUGAACAGGAAGGCUAAAUAUAUGUUCUGUAUUUUUGACUUAUCUGGCUUCAUGACACCUUGAAGUAUAACAUGGUUGAGGGUGACCCAAAGGACAUUUUAAACUGUGGUGCUGAAGGAGUGAAAAAAAUCAUGUUUAGGUUUUGCAGCAAGAACUCAGGUGGUAAAAGUAGACAGCGAUUAUUGUUGGAUCAGUAAAAGAAGCUGCUAACAUGAGAGUCCUACCCAUAAUGGAGGAGAUAAAAUGUGUUUGCUUUCUUACAAAUAGAAAAAUGAUGGUAUUGGUUAUGGUCUAUAACAGAUGUUGCCGUCCCUUAUUCAGACUAACACAGCAAAAAAACAAGUAUUUUUCUGUUAUUCAGUUAUAAGUCUGAGAUAAAUCAAAUGAGCUCUCAAGGCCUUUAAAGCCUCUCAUUUGUCAUAUGUGUGCUUCCUCAGAUAAAGUUGUAAGAUAUGCAACUUAGUUUCCUUUUCUUUUUUAAAAUUUUGAUUCUGCAUAAUUGUUCAUUCAUUAAACGGACUAAUUGUACUCACUUGAUCAAAAUUAAAAUGGACUUUUAGAACCUGCCAACAAAAUCAUAUUUUUUUAUCCACUUUUCUUGUCAGGUCUCAUCAACCUUUUCCUUUCCUUUUUCUUUUUUUACACAGAGUUUUAUUGUUUUUUUUGUUUGUUUGUUUGUUUUUCCACAAACAAAAAGAGAACUUAUAAUCAUUCUUCAUAAAAAUAGAAAAGAAGAAAAGAAAGAAAAAUAAUCAAUUGGGAUUGGAUCGUACAAAGAGAUUUGAAUUGCAUUUGGAAGAGAAGAAAAAUAAAUCAAUCAAUGAACAUACAUUUUUGUGAAAAAUACUGCAGCUGUACCUAGUCAUACAUUAAAAAAAAUGUUGCUCCCACCCCGCUCCCCAGUUUAAUGUCACACAUAUGUACAUCAAAUUUAAUACCUGACAGCCAAGGAGACAAAAGGAGGUGACCUAUGAAGAUAACAAAGCACAGUAGAAGUAAAGAAGAUCGAAGAAAAGCCUGCCAGGUCCACCUUUGUAAUGUGAGAGGUGGGGACUAAAGACUGUUAGUCACAACACAAGCUGCUGGAGAGUUGUCAAGUGUCUUGAUCCAUUUCAGAAAAUCACCUCUCAGUCCGAACCUCUCCAGAUCAUUGAAUAAAUACUUCCAUUCAAUCCUGUUUCAAAUUCCUUCUCUGCAUCCAGAGUGCAGCAAAGGCCCUGCAGUUUGAUGGAUUUGAGUAUUGAACCACAUGAAGUCAUCUUCGUGCAUUAGUGAAGGAGAAUUGGUUUUGUGUAACUCCAAUUCGAUCUGGGUUUAUUAGGGAUGGCAAUAGGAAUUUUCCAGUCUUAUUGUAACUUUGAAAGCAAUUUGCUAUCUACACUCUGUAUGAGCCACAGAUAUCUGAUGGAUUAUCCUUCUUGAGAAUGAGGCUGAUGUUUGCCAGGUUUAGUGUUGGGGGGAAGUCCCAAAAGAGUGUAUAAACAGGUCUUGGUAACACUUUUUUGAAAGGGUGUAUAUAAGACUGACAUGACAUCUUCCAUUAACAUGAAUAUAGCUUUAUGAGGGUUGUCAUUAAGUGUCAUUCAGUAAAUUAUGGUAAAAAUCAGUAAAGUAGAAAAACAAAAUCAGUAAAAAUCCCAAACAAUGUCGAUAUAGCAGCAAAAGUGUCAUAAUUUAAUAAUCCAACUUCAUAUACACUUCAUAUACAUAAGGGCCAUAGAUGCAACCUAUCAAAAUCUGUUCCCUGUAGAGAUGGCCAUGUCACUUCAGGUUUUCUCCAGAGUAAAAGGAGGGCUGCGGUGGAUUAGUAUGGCAACUCCCCUGCUCUUUGAGUUAUCAGAUGAAUAAAAACCCGGGCCCACCUUGGACCUUUUCAGUUUCAGUUGCUCUUUUUUUCCUUUAUCAGAAAAGUUAGAAUCUUUUGCCUUUUCAUCACAUUAUUCAUCACAUAUAUUACAUUUAAUAUGCCAUGCUAUGUUAUUCCUUAUUUGUCCAAAUAUUUCAUAAAUCCACUUCAUCUGAACAUGUGAUGUCUGCAUUAAAUAUUUGCUAUUGGCUGACCUGCUCUGUAAACAUUGGUACUGGCUGAUGAAUCAGUGGACUUCCAGCAGGAAUAACUGAAGAGCCAAACCUGGAAUGACUUGUUGAUAAUCCAAAUACUGUCAGUACUGUUGUGAUCUCAGUUCCCUCAGCCGUCUGCCGGUAUGUGGAGAAUGAUCAGUGCAAAAAAAUAAAGAGAAAAGGAGGCAUGAAGGAAACAGGAGAGUUCACACAGGAAGUCACACUCUACAUCCUUUCCAUACUGGUAACCAGCCUCCAUUCACAGUCAGUGACCAGUGUGGUAAAGUGACCUGUCAUAUUACUAUGGAAAAAAAAGUUGUUACCAAACAUGUGCUGAGCCCAGUACACUUGAAAAUGAAAACGGUAUUUUUGAGAUACAAAGUUUUAGAUCUGUGCUCAGGAGUAAAGCAGUUUUAUGGUUGGGUUUAAUAAACCUGUUCAAAAACAGAGAAAAGCUGUGAUUGAUUUAAAGAAGCACUUCAAACAUGGAUAAAGCCCUUUUUCCAGCUAAGAUCAUGUCCUUUAAACUCUAGUGAUAAAUGUCUUCACAUGAUGGGUCCAAAGUGUUUUCAUCUGUAAAGCAGAGACAUCUGUUGUAUUGAGUUCAAUACAGAAAACGUUUUUGUAUCAGCUCUGCUUGUGCUUCCUAGCUUGUUUCUCCUCAUAGAGGGUGCUGGAGGAAGAUAGGAGGGUGGAAAUGCCUGAGGGAUGUAUCAUUUCCUCCCAUAAAUCCUUUAGACAGGGCAGGGCUGUCAGUGUUUCGGACAUGAGGCUAGGCAUGCAGAGUAUAUAGAACAAUAUGUAUUUGAUAAGUCUGUGAGGUAGGGCCCAGAUGGUUCUGUGUGUAUCAAAGUUUUCAGAGACGCUCAGUGCCAGAUGAUUCGAUCUGUACAGGUCAGAAAUGAUAAGCUGAAUGUCUAGGAGUUUGAGGAACUCUCUUGUUAAUUUCCAAAUUGUUUUAAGUGAGUUUAUUUUGACAGAAAGAAUCUGUUACAGUCUUGUUUGUAUGUCUCUGUGUUGCCUGAAUACACUUUGGUAUUUUGACCUUUCAAACAAAGUAGAGGAGCCAGGAUGGUACGAGCAUUUUUGUUUCUGUCCUUCUCCUCUCUCAAAGUCUGCCACAGCUGAUCAUGUACAAACAAAAGAUUUGCAUCAUCUCUGUUUCAAAUGAAGGUUCAUUUCAGCUUCAACUAAAGACAGGUUUGCUGAUGAAAGUAUCCACUGAUAGACUUUGCCUUCCCACAUUUAUUCCACAGCACCUGUCUGUCAGACUCUUCUGACUGCAUGGUUAUCCUCAAAACAUAAAUGUCCUUCAACAUUGUUUCUUUUUGUGCAGUGUAACCUAUAGACUGACUUUAGGGUGAUAAGACAAAUACUAUAUCAGUCUUCCAACAAUAAGCAGUACUUAAACAAGGCAAAGCUUCUCUGAAACUCUGACCCAUGUCAGCGAACAGAAAAAUUAGGUGUUGUAGAUGUGAACACGUGUUUGCACAUGUCUUACUAUCUGGAUGUGAAAAAGCAGUUUUAAAAGAGUUUAUGAGAACUGUGAGGAAGCGCCAUCUGACCCCUGUAGUGGCUGCAAAUCUUAUUGAUGUUUUAGAUAAAAGUCCUCCAACUGUUUUACUUGCCCCCUGUGAUUUUAUUGUCGACAAUUUUAACAGAAGGCUACAGACAGCCCUUGAACUGGUUGCUCAUAUUCACAAACCACAAAAAUAACCCCAAAGUUCUCUUUUCAAAAAUUGAUAGCAUCUUAAAUCCUUAUCUUAGUAAACGUCUUUUUAAUCCCACUGAUGCCCUCUGUGAGGAAUUUGCAGACCACUUCAUGGUGAAGAUAGACACAAUUAGAUGCAACAUUUUACCAUGUCAAACUCUCCUUUUAACACAUCUGAGUGUUUGUCUUUACCCGAGGAAACACUGGACAGUUUUGUUCUGGUUAAUGCUGAGAUGCUGGUUAAAGUUUUCUCCUCAGUGAGGCCCACCACAUGUCUUUUAGACCCUGUCCCAACCUCAUUCUUUAAGUUAGUUUAUGAUUCUUUUAAACAUGAUGAAUUGCUCUCUUUAGAUGGUGAGGCCCCUGCUGAAGAAGAGCAAUUUAGUUUUUAAUGAUUUGAACAAUUACAGGCCAGUGUCUUACUUACCAUUUUUAAGCAAAAUUUUAGAAAAACUUGUUUUUAUCCAACUUAAAGAAUUUUUAGAUAAUCAUGAUAUUCUUGAAAAGUGUCAGUCUAGUUUUAGGGUUAACCACAGCACCGAGACCGCCUUGGUAAAGAUUUUAAAUGAUAUUAGAUUGAAUUAUGAUGCACAAAAGGUGACAGUGUUGGUUCUGCUGGAUCUUAGUGCUGCCUUUGAUACAGUAGACCACACUAUUCUUUUAAACCGCCUGAAACACCUCGGCCUCUACAUCUCUGUGUCUCUGAUGACACCAGGCCAGUGGAUGCUCUUUCUAACUGCAUUUUAGAUAUCAAAUCCUGGAUGGCAGAGAACUUUCUCCAGCUUAACCAGGACAAAACUAAGGUUUAAUCAUCGGUCCUGAGGCCCAGGGAAAGAAACUUUUACCCAAUCUACAAGCACUGUCUCUUAAUCCAUCACCACAAAUAGGAAACCCGGGUGUCAUUUUUGACUCUGAGCUGACUUUUAGUACACACUCUAAGAACAUAACAAAAAUAGGUUUUUAUCACCUAAAGAACAUCGCCAGAGUCCGCCCCAUUCUCUCUCGGGCCAACAUGGAGACGCUAAUGCAUGCUUUUAUCACCAGUCGUAUAGACUACUAUAAUGCCUUGCUUUCUGGUCUUCCCCAAAAAAAUAUUUUAGGUCUACAAUUAUUACAAAAUUCAGCAGCACGUGUCCUGACUAAGACCAGAAGGCAGACCCACAUUACACCGGUUUUAGAAUCAUUGCAUUGGCUCCCCAUGGCUCCCCAUGGCGCCUUCUCAACUGGUUCAUCUGCACUCAGCCUCAUGCCCAUUGUCUUUAUGUGUGUUUGUGCGGGGGCGUUGGCGCGCGCGCGUGUGUGUGUGUGUGUGUGUGUGUGUGUGUGUGUGUGUGUGUGUGUAGGUGGGGGUGGGGUGGGGGGGUAAGGGGGCGUCUGGGACAGUUUUUUGUUUUUAACUUGGAAAGCACUUUUAGUCGCAUUCAUGUAGGAAAAGUGCUCUAUAAAAAAAGUUUGAUUUGAUUUAUUACAUCUUUGAAAACUGAAGCUGAACAUGGUGUUCUUUAUUGUUUAAAUGAAGAUGACAAGGGUAGAAAUGAAUUAUAUUUAAUUCAAGGAAAGAGUCUUGUAAGUAAUUUCUGAAGUCAAGUCUAUAAGGGAGUUCACCUUGUCUUUUAAACAUCUGUGUGCUGUGGCUAACAAAUAUGAUGGUAAGCAGAAUCAGGACCAUAAAUAAUCGGUUUUCUAAGAAGCUCUGUGGCAGGUUUUGGGUGUGACUGCAAUUGUGCUGCAGGUUCUGGCAUCAACACCUCAUAAAGAAAUGAUUAGCCUGGAGCCCUUCCAUAAUGAUAUAUGACAGUCACCACUGGCAUUAAGAUAAAUCAGCUGGUUGAAUUGAAGUGUAGGCUGAAUUCAGAUGUCAGGUUUACUCCAUGCCUCAGUGGGUUAGCUCCUGAAGCCUCUGUCAAGCCUAUUUGUCUUGGAUGAAAGUCACUUACAGAUCCACCGCUGAGUCCAGCAGCAUGCAUGGUAAAACGGAAACAUCAUCUUCUUUCUCAAAAGACAACAUGUAGGUUCCCACCUCAAAGAUCCCUUCACCCUGCUAAGUAGAGCCAAAAUAAACAUUUAACCAAGAUAUUGUAGAUGAAGCCUUCGAAUUUCCCCACUCUUAAGUUCUCAUGAGUUCAGUGAUGUCCUUAUAGAAAUAAAGCCUCAAAAAGACAAAUCACAGCAGCAGGAGCAGGAAUGUGGCUUUUUAAAGUGAAUAGUCUUUCAUGGAUAUAAGCCAUUAAACUCAGGAUCAAUGAGCUUAAUUAUAGCUCCACGAUAAUAUAGCAGAAUAUCUUCUUAAGAUGACCCAUGUAAAUAACCAGACCUGUAGAAUCUAAUUCAGAUAAGUUUAUUUGUAACAUUUCACAUUAAGCAACAUUUUUCACAAGCUGAAACUGGUGAAUCCCUGAAAAAAUUCAAGUUGACAAAGACAUGACUUAAAAUGCUGCAUAUAUAUAUAUUCAGUUUGAUAACCUUCUACUGGCAAACCUGUUGACAUUGGAUACCAGUAUAUUCUAUGCUGAAUGGGUUGAAUGAUGAUGAACUUUAUGUGCAGAUAUGGUCUUCUCUUCCUCUACUCAUUUUAAAACAGACUGUGUGUUUCUCUUGUCCUGACUGGGAUGCUUCUCUCUUCACAGCAACAUGGCCAACGCUCUGGCCAAUGCCAUGUGUGAGCGCUGCAAGAGUGGAUUUGCCCCGGCAGAGAAGAUCGUGAACAGUAAUGGGGAACUUUACCAUGAACAAUGCUUUGUGUGUGCCCAGUGCUUCCAACAGUUUCCGGAAGGACUCUUCUAUGAGGUGACUCACUGUCUUUACACAUAUCUGCUUACUAUGACCGAGAUAGUCCAGGAAAAUUAAAUCAGUAAAGUCAUUAGAGCGAUCAAAUGGAUGAUGCUGUGGCUGAAGUAUCUUCACACACUGAGGAUUUAAAAAAAUAAUCUUUAGGUACAGACCUGAAGACCUGCAGAGAGACUACAUAUACACCAGUGGCGAUUGCUCUAAGACUGCAAGGGAAGCUCGGCUUCCCUUAAAAUGUCACCCCCCCAAAAAAGAAAAAGUGGUGAAAUACGUACGGCUGUGUGUACAUUUCAUUAACUAAAUACGCACUAGAAAGCCUUCAUCUUUUGUUCAGACACUGUGAUAAGAAGCUGAUAAUCACAGGUAACCGGCAUAACUUCGUUCUCAUUCAUCCUCGCAGCGCCUCAGCGCUUUAAACAGCCGGACGCUGGGCGUCUGCUGACUUCAAUGUGGAAGCUUAAAGUGGGUUGUUCCAGCAGCGAAACUAGACGCUCAUUGGAUAAAUGCUGGGCUUUGUCCCGCCCAAUGGAAGCUAAGCUUCACUGGAGUUCUAUGGCGAGAGGGCGGUCCCGACUUUCUCCCGGACUCCAAGCUUCUGCCUCCAUGAUUGGAUGAGCUGUCUGAGGCGAAAUCCUUUUUUGAUUGACAGCUAAACAAGCGAAUCAGCGAUCUUGAAGAAUAAAACAUCUACCAGAGCAUUUUCCAAGUCAUUCAUUCCGUUGUUCUUAACUGCUCCGGAGACUUUACCGAUCCUCAGCGACUUUUGUCUUUGUUAAAAACGACUGCCGUUGUGUUUGGCGACUCUGUUCUGUUACAUACUAAUAAACAAACACAAUUAUGAUGUAGGCCAGAAAAAUGAGCUCCCCCUCAUUGAAAGACCAGCAGCCGCCACUGAUAUACACAUACAGUCAACAUUUCAAUGAAUUUCACUGUUAUUAGAACACACAGUUUACACCUACAAAGAUAACCCCCUAACUCUGCAGUAGAAAUGGCUGUGAGUGUUCACAGAACUAAGUGAGCCAUCACUAUUUAAGGUCCAUUCCUGUAAGAGUCUAACAUGUGGUCCUGUUGAUGUAGAUCAAGAGGGAGGUACUGAAUUAUUCAACUCUGCUUUCAGUUAGCUGUGUGUUUACCAGCUUUGACACAAAGCCAGCUGUUUCUCCAGCAGGUCCCGGGGAGCCUGCUGGCACUCCUGUGUUCUGAGAAGGUGUCUGUAACACUGCAGUCGAUUUCAAACUCUAAACCAAAGGUCUGACAUGAACUGAGUCCCUAUCAAAUAUUUUAACAAAUAGACAAUCACCUGAUUAUUCUGUGUGAAGCAGAGAGGUUUUUAUGAGGGGUUUAUUCCAGGUCAACUAGCCUGUUGUUCUGAGCUGAAAGUGUCUGUUUCUCUUCUAAAACAUCAUAGUCUUGGCAGGUCUAGAGCUCUUCAGGGAGCUGUUAAAGCCUCUGUGAGGAGUAUUUGACUGGUUAUGAGACAGACUAAUGUAAUGCCUCUUUCUGACUUAUAAAACAAACUGUGGUGACUGAGUGUGGAGACGGAACCAGAAUGCAAAACCAAAUGUGGGGAGGGUUUGACAGGUUUUAUUAAAGCUCCAAGUUUGAAUAGAGAAAUUCAGGUGAGCGGGAGAGUGCUGAGUGGCGGGUUGGCGAGAGGAAUGGAGGAAGAAAGUGAGGGUUAGUUACCAAAAAGUAUUCAAGCACUAAAAAAAUAUUCAAAUGUUUUCAGGAGAUCACUAGAAUGUGUCCCGGGAGCCAUGUACUGCUGCAUCGAGGUGAUAAUACUCUGGCGCUGAGGUGUGGGCCGGCAGCGGUCAUGAAGCUGGCUUGAUUGAAGAUAGGGGACAGGUGUGCGCACUCAGCCUCAGUGCCACAGGGUGAGGGAGGGAGGGAGGGAGCAGCCUCUGAAAGCAGGUGACACAGCAAGACAAUCCUGCCCAAAGGGCGGACUCCAGCCCAAUAUUCAAAUGACUAAAAUCCAUGCUUACCACACAAACAGACCAUCGGCGACAGAAGUGACUGUCUCUGUCUUGUUCUUUCAUACGCCUGUGCCAAGAUCCAAGUUUUUCACAGGAGAUUUGAAACUUAUUACAAACUCAAAAACAAACACAAUAAAAUGUUGUUCAAAUUCAGAAUGGGACAUUUCAUGGUGAUAAAAAUGCAUUUACAGUCUUGUGUAAAAGGUUUUAAAAACAAUAAUAAUGUCGAGAAUGUUGAUAGUUUUUAAUAUUAAAGAAAUGAUGGAGCUAUACUGCACCGAUGACUGCCGGGAUUACCAGAGUGCUUUUCCAGUACAGCAUACAGUCACGCUUGCAGACUGGUGUCACAUGGGGACUUGUGACUUUGGUCAUGUGAUUCAGAUAUUAAACUCUACAUCUGCUUUUGAAGCUGCACAGUCAGAAGAGAAAAAGACAAAUAACAGAAAAGUUGACCAUCUCUUGCCAAAUGGUGCCGUGCAGGUCUCUUGAUGUUGCUCCAUUUUUCAUGUGGGUAUCAGUCAGUACUGUAAAGGGAGUUUGUGAAAAUCUUUAAUGAUCUUAUCCUAAUUUCCCUUUCAUUCCCACCUUUAUUCCUUUCUUUCCUUUUUGAAAAGAGUCGUUUCUUACAGCUGCUCUGAUCAUGUUCAUAUUUUUCCGUCCUGUUCUUUAACUUCAUUAAUUUGUCAAAUAAAAUAGCUUCAGGCUGAAGUGCUUGCACAAGUAGAAAUACAUUUUCCUCUACCAUCAGAGGCAAGUCAUCAUUGGGAUUAAUACUUUGAUUUUUCCCUAACACUGUCAGUUUAGAACUUUUUAAAACUAGAUGUGCGUCUGUGUGAGUCAAUAAUUCAAAUGGUUUUCACUCUUUUGACAGUUUGAAGGGCGUAAAUACUGUGAACAUGACUUCCAGAUGCUCUUCGCUCCGUGCUGCCAUCAGUGUGGUAAGUAAGGGACCUACAGUGACAGGAAAAAAUACCAUCCCUCUGUUUUCUGCAUCUAACCACCUCACCAGUUUCAGCAGCUGAGAUGCUGCCGAGAAAGCAAGCCCCUCAAACAGGCAGUGUCUGCGGAAGGGUUUGCCCGUGAACUUGAACUAUUAUCCCUCCAUUUUCUCCAGGUGAGUUCAUCAUUGGCCGUGUGAUCAAGGCUAUGAACAACAGCUGGCACCCAGACUGUUUCUGCUGUGACAUCUGUCAGGCUGUGCUCGCAGAUGUUGGAUUUGUCAAGAAUGCUGGAAGGUGAGUCCCUCUUUUCUGGUGUGUCUUUGUCAUCAUCUUGUUUUCUUAUCUGUUCCUACUCUUCCAUCAGGCAUCUGUGUUGUCCAUGUCACAACCGAGAGAAGGCUCGCGGCCUGGGCAAGUACAUUUGUCAGAAGUGUCACGCCAUUAUUGAGGAGCAGCCUCUCCUUUUCAAGAAUGACCCGUACCACCCUGAUCACUUCAACUGCAACAACUGCGGGUAAACAUGCUCACAUACAAAUCUGACCAGCUCUUUCCGUUUCACACACUAACUGUUUAAAAGGUGAAUGUGGCAAACUGUGAUGUCCUCCACUGGUUAGUUUGAAAACUCUCAGCAUUGAACCUCCCACUGUACCUUUAGUUUCUGGUAACCCUGUGACUUUAUUUGCUUCGAUAAGUCCCCAUCCUAAUUAACAGCCUGCCAUGGCUACAACUUAUAAGUCCCAUUAAGCCAGUUUAACAGCUUACCUUUCUACAUCGGUGAAUAGUCAGUGACCAAACGCACUGAAUGUGUAAUCAAGUGGUCCUAAAACAAAAAGAUGUUAAGUAGGAUGAGGGCAAUUUUCACAUCUGGUUCCAUAGAGUUUGUUUUGCAAACAGGACACACUCCCUCUGCUGGCCAGUAGAAAGACUAUAGGUUUAACACAUUUCUUCUAAAAUCAGAGAGAUUUUUGUCUACUUCUUUCUUUAAGUUUAUGUUUUUGGGAUCUCAUGCCUUUAUUCAGAGAAGAUAGUACCGUGCAUGGAGCAGGAAACCAGGAUAGUGAGUGGAGAGUGAGAUGCAGUAAAAAGGGCUUCAGGUUGGAAACAAACUCAGGCCCCCUCUCUUAAGGAUUAUAGCCUCUGUACAUGGGACAUGCAACCUCAUCUGUAGGUCAAAACAUCCCAUUUAUGACUACGUCACACAGUCUAUGGUCUGAUGAAUCAUUUAGAGCCAGCUAGGAACAUCUUGAUUCUUCAAUCCAGUGUCUUUAAUGUAUUUUACUUCGACAGAUUAUCCAUGAUUGUCCAGAUUACCAUCAUCAUGACAAUUAUCAGUGCUGAUAAAAUCAAUAUUAAGCAAAGGUCCAACAAAAAAUGUUGAGAAGAGCAAUGGCCACACAGACUCAAAAUAGAUAAUGUAAACAGGCACCUCUUUCAGUCUGCGUUCAAAUGAUAAACCAAAGACUGCCCUCUAGUGGACAGACUAUACAGUUGAAUGCUUAUAUGUGCUUAUAUUCUAGUCACUUUAUAUCUUUAGUAUCCUCAUCCUUCUGCAGGUAUCUUAAGUGUAGAGAAAAGGAUCUGUUUCCACAGGCAGUUUCAUAAUGUUUAUAACAGCUACUAUGCAAAUGUUGGAUGUUGAUGUGAAUUGAAGCAGAGUUGGUCUUCAUUUAUUUACAUCUCUCCACAGUAAGGAGCUGACAGCAGAUGCCAGGGAGCUGAAGGGGGAGCUUUACUGCCUGCCCUGCCAUGACAAGAUGGGUGUCCCCAUUUGCGGUGCCUGUAGAAGACCGAUUGAGGGUCGUGUGGUUAACGCCAUGGGCAAGCAAUGGCAUGUGGAGGUGGGAUGUUAUGUUGUUAAACUUUAGAGCAAAGACACUUUGCAAACACUACAUAAGUUCUACUUUGGAAUCUGAAAGAGUUCAUUUGAAUGGGUUUCCAAGACUGAUAUAGUCAGCUAUAUUGGCCCCAGAUGUAUCUUAGAUUGAGGAUGACCUAUUUUAGCCAUUGUUUUGUUCCCUUUGAAUUUUGUUUUUUCUGUUGAACACACAUCAUGCUUGUGUUUUAAUCCUAUUCCAGCAUUUUACCCCUAGUAAUGUUCAGCCAUUUCACUUCCAAUCAUUCCUUUGCUGUCUGUCGGUCUUUUUCUUUUUUCUGUCCACUAUGUCUGUCCAAACACUAUUCUCCUCUUUUGGUCUCCCCCCUUCCACAUUUAGCAUCAUGUGUGUACUGUGUGUGAGCGCCCAUUUCAGGGCCACCCGUUUUUUGAACGAGGCGGUCGUGCCUAUUGUGAGAGACACUUUGACAUGGUGAGGGCAUGAAGGAUUGGUCUGACGUUAACUGCUGCCUUGUCUGCGGCUUGUCUUUGCCUGUCCUUCAGCUUCCUUACACAGUUUGUACUAAUACACAAGUUCACUGAUCUGUCUGACUAGCCCUCAGGUCAAGAGUAUGACAUGUACGGCCCAGAUUGCCAGUGACACUUGCCUUAACUAGUUGAUUUCAGCCAAUUGAUUUAAAUGAGCUACUUUUCCGAACUCAACAUUUAAAUUGCUCUUUAUUCUAAGGCGAAAUCAAAUACAUAUAAAAACCUUAAAAAUACAAUCAAAUGCAUGAUAACUAAGUGCCCAAGUGUUAUGAGCUGAUCAUUCUGUUCUAUACAUAUGAAUUUAAUACACAGCAGGUAAAAAUGUCCUCUUAAACAAGACUUAGGAACUUCACGAGUUGUACAAAAUAUUCGUUAUGCAUCAAUUCAUCCAGUAUGCCCCUAUGUGGUUAUUUAUGAGAGCUUUAAUGGACAUAAUUAAAAACGUGUACUUUCCCUUUAAUAUUUGUUAUAUUCUCCUGCAUCUGUUUCGAGUACUGAACACCCUCUAGAGCUCACUAUUCUCCCCAUGUUUUUCUCUGGUCCCUGUUUGGAUGUAGUAAAAGGACAUCUGGACUGAAGUGAUCUGCUUGUGGUCUGAACUGUUCAUGUUUGAGAUAAUGGACUGACUGACAGCAGUGCUAAUCAUGCGUGCUUGGCUGUGGGUUUGUUUUCAGCAUUUUGUGUGUGCUAAGUGUGAGAAACCAUUCCUGGGACACCGUCACUACGAACGCAAGGGUCUGGCCUACUGUGAAACACACUAUAAUCAGGUAAUACUCAAUGAGAUUUUAAUUGGGAAUGUCAAACAUGCAGCAGCCCUUUAUAAACUUAUGCCUCAAUUCAUGUGAUAUUAAACAAACUUUGCUUUCGUAGUCCUAAUCAGUAACCAGUGUAAAGAACUGAUGAAGUGUCAAUAGAUUACAGUUGUUUCCACACAUGAAAUAUUGCACAGCAUGUGUUGAUCUGCAUAUUUUUUGUAUGAGGCAUGUUGUGUUUAAGAAAAGUGCUGUAUUGUGUUACACCAUUACAUGAAAUCAUGGUACAUUAUAAUGCCACUUCCUCCCUGUUUGUCUUCCCUUGACACAUUCAGCUAUUUGGGGAUGUUUGCUACCAUUGCAAUCGUGUAAUCGAAGGAGAUGGUAAGAAAACCUAUGGUAUAUUUGUAGCUAAUUGAACAGUUUCUUUGAUGUACUUGUAUUGUGAUUUGACUGGACUGUGAUCUCUAUAUUGUGUUUAGGUAUCUUGUAUGAAUUUCGGACUCUGAUCUAAUUGAACUGUAAGAGUUAUGUCUCAGAGGACAGUGUUUCUUCAUGUUUUUUCCAGUGGUGUCUGCCCUCAACAAGGCUUGGUGUGUCAACUGUUUUGCGUGCUCCACCUGCAACACCAAACUCACCCUUAAGUAAGUAAUAUGCAGGUCUGAGACACACACUCUAACACUGUUCGUACGUCAUGACAUUGAUCCAUAAAUUUGAGUCUAGGUUUGGGCUCAUUAGGUAUUGAUUAUAUUUAUGAAUUCAAGUUCAAAGUGGAUGAGCCUUGCCCCAUAUUUUCUCCACAUCUGAGACUUUUUACUGCUUUUAACUAGGGGUGGGAGAAAAAAUAGAUACAGCAUAGUGUUGUGAUAUUUUGUCUGGUGAUAUAUUCUAUUGUCUCAUUGACCCAGUAUCAUUUUUUUUUUCAAAUUAAUUGUGAAUAUGAAGUCAAAUCUAUGAUAAUGGAAAAAUAAAAUCAAUUGUUUGUCCAGUGGAGAUAUCAUAGAGCAGGAGAAAGUGCAACAAACAUGGCAGCACCUGGGGAAAGACAUUAGGAAUGCAAGCAGGGCACAAAUAAGAUGGACCUGACACAUGAGGUUUGCAAGAUUUGCUACACAAAAAUAAAAUACUGUGUAAAUAAGACAAGCAAAGGAAAGACAAAUGCUAAUUUAGCUAAACAGUUGAAAAAAAGAUAGCAAUACAGAUAUACAGAUAGCAAUAUAUGGUACUGCAAUACUCACUGUAUUGCAAAAUGUUAAAAAAUGCAAUAAUAUCGUAUCGUGGCCCAAGUAUCGUGAUAAUAUUGUAUCUUGGAGUCACUGGUGAUUCCCACCCUUACUGUUAACACUCUUUAUUUCCAAUCUUGUUUAUUUCUGAUUUCAAGCUCCCACUCAUAAGUCUGUGUCUUUGUGGACUUGUUCAUUAACCCCUGCACUCUGUUAUUGUUCUUUCACAUCACCCUCUCUCUUAUCUCUAUUCUUGUCACCUCCAUUUUGAAUUUCUCUUCAGGGAUAAAUAAAGUUCUUUUUAUUCUUAUUUCUUUCCUCUCUUCCUCCUCCUCUCUUACUGCUCUUCCUCUUUUCUCUCACAUCCUUCACCAUCUCUCCCUCCCUCCUGCUCUGCCAGGGAAAAGUUUGUGGAGGUUGAUCUGAAGCCAGUGUGUAAACACUGCUACGAGCGCCUGCCUGAUGAUAUGAAACGCCGGCUAGCUAAGCGUGAACGCGAUUCAAAAGAGAAGAAGAAGAAAUUAUUGAUACCCAUGUGUCUGUGAUCCUCUCUUUCCUCUUUCUCCUUCCUUCUGCUGUUCUUCUUUUGGUCAGUUUCCAGCUUCCUUUGUUCAUCAUUUUGUUGUUUCAUUGCCAUCAGAUUUUACAAAAUGUCCGCAGCACUUCACUCCCUCAUUGCACCACCACACUCGCUGCACUUCUUUGUUCUUUCCAAAAAGUAGGUGAUCACUUGUAAUCUAAACAUGUUCAGGAUGCUUUAUAGUGCUGUCAACACAUUCCCACACCUCAGCAAGGAACACUAGGUAGGAUUUAGACUCAUACUCUGGUAACCCCUGCUUUACAACAGGGAAAUCAGAUCAAUCACAUUCUGAAGGGUAUGUGUUGUUUUCUGGGUCUCCUGGUCUGUCUGCACAGAAAGGCUAAAGCUUUAAUCACUUCCGGCAGCUUUCUGGCUGCAGCCCUGAAGGUACUGAGGUCCUAGCAGGUCUGACACGUGCAUUGGUGUUGCUAGUAAUUAUCUGCUUUGGGAAGGAAUGGCAUCCAAGGCAGCUGAAGGAAAUGGCUUUUGGUAACUUGCCAGUGUAAUUGGAAGCAAAGACUUUUACAGUAACGCCUGAGACAGUCAAAGAGGACUAUUAGCACCUGCAUCAGGGUUUCGACUUCAUUAUGUGUAAUAGAAAGAUACAUGAUGCAGAGAACAUAGUGAAUUCAGAUGUAGACCUGCAGACUCACAAAUAGACAGACUUAAGAUACAACAUUUGCAUAUUCAGCCAUACUGUUCACUCUGCAUAUAAAGUUUGUUUAAUUCAUUUGUGUAUUUAUUUAUUUCAUAUAUCAUUUGUAUAUUUUUUCAGAGGUGGCUUGUAAGGGUAUGAUUUUUAUGCUUGUCAGUGUUUUUAAGUGCAUAUCAUUGGCACAGAUAGGUACUGGAACUGAUGACCCUUAACCUUCAACCUGUAACAUGAGCUGUAACUCUUUCCCCCAACAGGAACAAGUUUGUGGAGUUUGACAUGAAGCCAGUGUGUAAGAAGUGCUACGAGAAAUUCCCACUGGAGCUGAAGAAGAGACUGAAGAAGCUGUCUGAAACUGUUGCCCGAAAGUGACCUAACAGUUGAGACGGUGGGGAGGCAUCCAUGAAAAUCAUAUUCUAUAUUUACAAUCCAAUAUGAUAACUUUGUAUGUUUUGGAAUAAUCAACACGAUAUAGGCUAUUAUUGUUGCCAUCAAACACUCUACUUUUUUAUCCUUUCACUCACAGAUUGUCAUGAGCCUGAAGCUGACAGAUUGUUGGUCAGUCAGUAGGUUUGACAUGAACCUGUUCAGCCUUUUGGGUCAAAACACAGUGUAUUGUUUCAUCACACAAAUUAAACCAACACAUGGGUUUUGGUAGAAAUGUAUUUCAAACUGAUACUCAGUAUAGGCUUUAAUACAACAUGGAAAUGUGUGUGAAAUAACCUUUUAUCGCCUAUUUUUUCAUUUUCUCACUAACCUGCCUCAUCGUGCCAUAUGUCCUACUCUGUCAUACUCUGUAAUGUUGGAAUAAACCCAAAGAAAGCUCAACUGCACAUUUCUAUUUCAUAUGUGCAUCAUAACUCCAGUAUUUCCUUUGCAUCAGUUCGUGCUAUUUAAGUAUUUGUCUUUGAUUUUUUUUGCCAAAUAGGUUUCUUUUUAGCUCUCAUAAGUUUUUGCUUUGUCUUUAACUUCAUUGAAAUCUUACUGGGGCUUCUUUAAAGUUACAGUGUUGAUCUCAGUGUUAAAUAUAUACUAUUGAAUUGCCUUUUUCUGUGCUAUACAUUUUGAGUGUAAAAAGAAAGUUUCUAAGUAAACAUGUGUCCCCUGGUAUGGUGUCAUACAAUCCUGUCCAGGAACUCUGAAAUAGAAAGUUUGCAAACUUUAGUUUGAUUUUAAUCUACUGCCAUUAACAGACAUUAAAUAUUUGAGGGCAGCAGAGUAUCACAGUUUCCUUUAGAAGCAAUGCUGUGCAAGUAUGAGCAGCAACUUUGACACACUAUCCACAAAUACUAAGGAUUUGAAGUCCCUCUUGACAGGAUUUAUUACAUAGCAACUGCUAACUCGGUGUAAGCAGUGGCUGUUAACUGCUAACAUGAUGCCUUGUGGCAUGUGCAGAGACCGGAUAUUGGAGCAAUGUUAGUUGUUGAACAUGUGUCUCUGUUGUUUGUAAUCCAGAGAAAGUUAUCCUCUUAAAUGGGGUUUACAGCCUUCCUUAAGGCCCAGACCUCGUAGGAAAGAAAGCCAACUGUUGUAAAUAAAAGACAUUCAUUUCCCAUUUGAAUUUAAAAAGUUUCACUCCAGCUGUAUUUUUGUUUUAGUUAGGUAAAGAAGUACAUUCCACUAUUCUACUGUUUCUGGUAUAACUUCUGUAAAUUUUAUCAUACAGCAUAUAGCAAAAUAUUUUAAUUGUCAAGUAGCAGUCAUACUGUCUACCAGGCUGUUGUGAAGCAGAACUCCAGCUCCACUAAAAAUAGUCCUGUGGAUAUUUUUAUUUGAUACCCAGCUACCUGGGUGACUCUACAAAAAGCCACAUUGCUCUCAUGCUAUACCCACAAGGCCUGUUUACUUUCACUGUUAAUUCAUGUCAACACAAUUUGCACACAUUAGGCUUCAACAUAAUGCAUUGUUUUCAUUAUAUGUACUGGAUAUGCUGUCCGCUCCUAAAAUAAACGGAUAUUUCAACAGUU